UUUAGCCUACAUUAUGAUAAUAUUUAUAAAAAUAUAAAUAUGAUCCAGAUUGCGGUUUAAUACAUUUGUUAGCUGAAAAGAACAAAUUCUAAUGCCAAAAUAUAUAUUAAACCUGUGUUACAUCCUCAUUUAUGACAUUAUUAAACAAAGACUAUAAAUAGCAAAAGGUGGUCCCAAAUACCCGCCAUACAAAAAUUAUUUUCAAGUGUCUUUUUUGUCCCUUAAGGAAAAUCGGAAAAAAUAUUGAAGACCACAUUUAGGAAUAACUUUUCGCACUCUUUCAUCUGAGCUUUUUCGUUUUAUAUGUUUUCUCCACCUUUAAAAGGGAACUCAUGAGUUCGCGAUAUGAAGCGGAAAGACCAUACAUUACUACAAUAAGUUUCAGUCCCAUGACGUAAAUACAAGAGCAAGCCUGAUUAUACGAUUAGCGGUUAAUCUUAGCGCACAGUAAUCUGUCACAGCUUGUUCUCUUGCAAAAAUGACCAAAACUCAACAUAGGCCCCUAACACAGGUUACCUAUAUGGUGUAUGUAGGCCUACAGUUUUACACACAAAAUUUGUCUAUAUUAAAUUAACUUUCUACGUGAGACAAGACUGAAGUUGGACUUUUUUAAACGCUGAUCAUAACAGGUAUUUGAAACGAAAUUAGAUUUCAUUCACUGCUGAGUCUGAUGUGUACAACUCCGUUGAGGUUUUGUUUGUCAGCUGGCCGAACAUGUCCGCGUGUGUAAGUGAUUACGUCAGCGGUGCGUGGUCGCUAGGCGACCCUUUAUAAGCUGUCAUUCAUAAAGUUGAUCACUCCAGACGAGAAAGGUUGCGUUGUUCAUUUUGGCCGAAAGUUGCCCUCCUUGCCCGAACCGUGCCGCCGAUAUGUAUGAUGAAGAAUCUGACGGAGGGCCAAAAGGCACCUUUGAAAUAUAUAAAGCAGAAGCUGACACCUUGUUUAAACAAGGGGAAUACAGAAAGGCCAUUCACAGCUAUACAACGGCCUUAGACCUACAGCCUGGCGAUCAGAAUUGCAUGGUUUCUCGCUCAAAAUGUUAUCUGAAACUAGGAGAUACUGCCAAGUCAUUAGCUGAUGCCGAAGCUUCCCUUGCAGAGGACAAGACCUAUCACAAGGGUUUAUUUCAAAAAGCAGAAGCACUGUAUUACAAAGGAGACUUUGAGAUGGCACUUGUGUUCUACCAUAGAGGUCAUAAACUGAGACCAGAGUUGCAAGAAUUCCGCCUGGGUAUUCAGAAGGCUCAGGAAGCCAUUGAUAAUUCUGUCGGAUCAUCUGACACAGUAAAGCUCACAACGAAAGGAGACCUCUCCUUCUUCCAAAAGCAAGAUGAGAAAAAGACAAAAAAGAAAACCUAUGGCUCAUAUAACAAACAGCAGCAGAAACAAGUCAAACCCAAGAGGGAAAUCAUUACAAAUCCUGCCCUGGAGAAGACUGUCAAACAGCUGCUGGGAGAAUUGUAUGGAGACAAGAUCUAUCUAGAAAAACUGCUUAAAGAAAUUGAUCCCAGGAGUGACACGGGGAAAACCAUUUACGACCUGGUUGAGGAGGGUUUGUCAUACCUGGACACAAGGACAGAAUUCUGGAUGCAGCAGAAGCCUAUGUAUGCCAGGCAGCAUGAAAAGGUGAUGCAGAGGAAGGCUCAGAAGACAGGAGGACAAGAGUCCCCUAAUGAUUAUAUAAUCAAGGAGCUAGAGAAGAUAGAUCAAGCACAGGCAGAAGGUCGAUUUGAGGACAGCCUGAAGAGGGCUGAGCGUUGUAUGGCCACGGUGAACAAUUACCCAGACAGUAUUCUGACAAACAAGCUCAGCGUGGUUGCUAACCUACACAGUUGUCUAGGGAAUGCCUUCCUGGAGCUGAAGAAAUACUCCAAAGCUGAAGAUCAUCACACCAUGGACCUUAACAUAGGACAGAAACACCGAAUUGAGGAAGCUGAAUCUCGAGGCUUGGAUAACUUAGGAAGAGUUUAUGCCAGGACAGGCAAAUUUGACAAGGCCAUUCAAGUGUGGGAGAAAAAGAUACCGAUGAGCAAAUCUGAUCUAGAGAGCACAUGGCUGUACCAUGAGGUGGGUCGCUGCCACCUGGAACUGGGACACCUGGACAAAGCUCAGGAGUAUGGGGAAAAAUCAUAUGAUGCAGCGGAAAAGGCAGAGGAUGACCAGUGGCAGCUACAGGCUACAGUGCUAAUAGCUCAGGCACAAGUCAAGCUUGGAGAAUUAAAACCGGCUCUUGAGGCCUUUGAAAAAGCCUUGGAUAUUUCUAAAGUCAUUGGGGAUGAACGAGCGGAGGUAGCUAUUAAGAAAGCCAUGGAUGAAGUUAAUGCUAAAAUUGUCCAAUACAUGAAAGACAACAAGGACAACGCAGAGACGGAGAAAACUGAUAAUGUGGAUGAAGAAAAGGAGACAGAGGAACAAGAAGAACCCAAGGCUGAUAAUAGUGCCACAGAGAACACAAAGGAUUUAACGGAGACAUAGAGAAAACCUUGGGGGAAACCAAUCACAAAGUGCAUGUUCAGACAUUUUUAUACGAAACAGAUGUGGAACGCAUUUAUAAGCUUAUCUGUGAUGU